UUGAUAAGUUUUGUGAUGAUAAGUUUUGUCUCAGAUAAGAUUUUUUUGAUAUGUUUUGUGGUGAUAAGUUUUGUCUCAGAUAAGUUUAGUAACGGUAUGUUUUGUAUGGGCUCCAAUAUGUCAACUCCUAUCAUCCUCCCCGACUCGGAGUCUCUCAUCCAGAUAAAGUAGGCUAGCAGAAAAAACUAUUUAAGAGCGUUUGGACAGCUGCGGAAGUUUGUUGGUGAAGAUUUCUCACCACCUGAAGAAGAAUUUCUCCAAUAUUUCAAGCACCUCAGAGAAGAUAAAAAAAAUGGCAUCUUCUAGCCUAUGGACAACAUAUUCCAUGAUAAAUCGAAUGUGCAAAGGAAAAUUUUCCUGCAACUUGAAAGCAGUGCUGCCGGGUUACCAGUCUAAUCAAGAGCUUCGAUAUUGAUGUAAAAACUAAAGCCUGUUUAUUCUCCGCUAUGGAUAUAAACAAGUUUGUACUGGGUCCUGAGAUAUCGUCCCCUUAUUGGCUUGUGCGGAAGGCUACUGUUUAUCUCACCUAUUAUGAAGGUCUCCAACAUGUAGAGACAUGAACUUGAAAAUAGAGAUAUGCGAGUCUACUCCAGCUGGUGUGUAUGUGACCCAUAUGCGAGCAAAGCAGCGAAGUGACAAGAGAAAUUCAAGUAAUCUCAGGUUCCUGAUUCCCCGGAAGACUGGAGAAGUUAGUGCUGCAGACGUCCUGGACCUCUACCUGAGGCAAGUCAAGGGGGAUUUGGGUCUUUACACUGGGCGCCUUUUGUGGAGAGGAAAUGGGAUCUCAUUCACCAAAACUCCUCUGGAAAAGAAUAUGGUCGGAGAAGUGCCUUCUGAUAUGGCUACACAUCUCCAUAUUAAUGAGCCAAAAAAAGUAUACAUUCCAUAGCUACAGGAGGUCGGCUGCUACAGCUGUAGCAGAUGCCGGAGCUACAUCUGACCAAAUGCAAGACUUUUUUGGUGCCAAAAUGACCACCAGCAAAGCAGCCAUUAUCAAGGUCACCCAGAAGCUCCAGGAUACUGAGACAAAGGACAACCUUGGCCAUGUGAAUGUUGCUGAGAAAGCCUGCAAGGAGAGUUCAAAGCUUGCAAUGAGAGUGCAGAGGUCGCCCAAGAGAGUCAGGUUAGCGACUUUGGGGAACUCUGGGAUUAUUGGAACCCAACUGGAGAGGAGGUGAGCGGAGCAACCUCAGCUUAUAGGGCUCCUAUGAAGAGAGUCUGGAGCUAAAGUUUUCUACAUAAACAAAAUCGAAAACUUCCAUUGCUAAAUGUAAACCAUGUGUUUUCUCUGUCAAUACACAAUAAACAUAUUAAAUGAAAUUUUAAAAGCAGGGUGAUUAAGUUACUUUUUUGCCCUGUUGUAGGGCGAUAAAGUA